ACUGUAAACCAGCGUAGUACGGUACAUGUUACACAGAACUUUUGUAAAAUGUAAACAGCAUAGGCAUUGUGCACGUGCAAUGGUGCAUUGCGACACUAUCCAUGCAUCCAGGGUAGCAUGCUAUAAAUGCAAUGCCUGCGAUAUAUUUCAAGUGUGUUACAGCCCUAGCUACUAUACUAGUACGAUUGUGGUAAAAAGACAUCUCUAAAGUUAAGCACAAAUUACGAAGCUACAUCCUACAUGUCUAAAGAAGAAAUGGGGGAUAAAAUAGAGCCCAAAAUGAUCGAGAUCGAGAGAAAAUUUCUCGUGAGUGGAGACACGGGUGAGAAGAUUGUGAAUGCCGGUGGAACAUUCAGUGGCGUAGUAACACUGACUGACAGUUAUUUUGACAAUGAAAGUUACAGUCUAACCAAGGAAGAUUUCUGGUUGCGACGAAGGAAUGACCAGUGGGAACUUAAGAUGCCGCCCAAAAACCGUCAGGAUGAAUCUGCAUCGUGCACGCAAUACAAGGAAGUGACAAAUGAACAGGACAUUGUAACAGAGAUGGCCGCCAUCUUGUGUAAUAACUCUCCGAAUGAUGAUGCUGCGAAUGGUAAUGAUCAAAUUUAUGAAGCGAAAGACGUUGAGACAAUGGUCACAAAGUUUGGUCUUGAACCGUUUGCAGAACUUAAAACCAAUCGUAAAAACUAUCGCAUGAACGAUGAGAUUUCAAUCACCAUCGACGAGACGGACUUUGGUUUUCAGGUUGGGGAGAUAGAGAUGAUGGUUCAAAGUAGUGAUGCUGAUGUCAUAAGUGAUGCAGUUGCUAAAAUUGAAGGAGUGGCACAAAGUUUAGGCAUGGAAGACUUUGGUACAUUGUCCGUAGCCGAUUAUCUGGAUGAAUCUAUCCUUGCACACAUCUCAAACUGCAUCUAACAUUCUACUAAAAUACACAUGU